UAUCGUUUACAUUCACUUCUUGGUGCGACAUGCUUGUUGUGGAUGCUGAAUAUCUUUCAUACACAGCUAUAAACAAGCAAAAAAAAACAACGAAUCUGUUAUAAUAACAGCAGCUGAGCCGGACACAGUCGCGAUGGGUUUGCUGACGAUUCUGAAGAAGAUGAAGCAGAAGGAGCGGGAGAUGAGACUGCUAAUGUUAGGUCUGGACAACGCGGGGAAGACGACCAUCCUGAAGAAGUUUAACGGAGAGGAUGUCAGCACCAUCUCUCCAACACUGGGCUUCAACAUUAAAACACUGGAGCACAGAGGGUUCAAACUCAAUAUUUGGGACGUGGGGGGUCAGAAGUCACUGCGCUCCUACUGGAGGAACUACUUUGAGAGCACAGACGGGCUGGUGUGGGUGGUGGACAGCGCAGACAGACUCAGACUGGAGGACUGCAGGCAGGAGCUCAGUGCACUGCUGCUGGAGGAGAGGUUAGCUGGUGCCACGUUGCUGGUGUUUGCCAACAAACAGGACUUACCAGGAGCCCUGUCAAAAGAGGCGAUACGAGAGGCGCUGGCUCUGGAUGAGAUUAAAAGUCAUCACUGGUGUAUCAUUGGUUGCAGUGCAGUAACAGGAGAGAACUUGUUAACUGGAGUGGACUGGCUACUGGACGAUAUCGCUGCAAGGAUCUUCACUGCUGACUGAGCACACGUCCGGUUUUGUUUAAAAGGCAAAACAGCAGCAUCUCUUUAUUUGAUGAGCUCUGUCAUGACUUUUUGAUCAGACUGCAGGCAUCAGAGGUACCUAGAGCUCAACAGCAGUCUGCAUUUUGUUUCGCUCACCUGCUGUGUGUAGUACUGCAUAUACAGCACUGUCUGUGUGAUCACUGGAAUCCAACAUACAGCACUGUAUGUGGGAUCACUAGAAUCACUACACAGCCUUUAUUUUAUGUUUCCACUUGAUUCUGGCAUGUAUGUGUGAAAGAGGAUACAUUGGAACAAACAUUGUUAACGCAAUGUGAUUGACAACUUCUCACACGAGCCCCCCUUUUAUUCUGUGGUCCAUCAGAUCAUUUGUGUAUGUUUUUUUUCUAAUAAAUAUACCCAAAUUGUGUAAAUCAAUAACACUAUGCCAUAACCUGUUGUACACAGAAUUUGUCCCUAUAUAAUAAAAUGAGUAAUUUCACUUAAACCUAAAGACCCAAUAGUUAUAACAUGGCAUUUCUGACUCAUGAGCACAUUUUAGUUCUGAUGUGUGUCCUGAAUGUUUGUAGAACCUGUGAAGACACUGAAAUAUAAGGCUACACAAGCUUGA